GCCCGCCCGCCUCGCACUGAGAUACAGAUCCGCUGUCCCUCUGCACGCAUACACACACACACACACACACACACACACACAUACACACACAGCGGGACUGAGCGGAGCUGUGUGCCCGGAGAGGAGGACUGAUGAUCGUCAGACGAUGGGACGUCACGUGUUUCUGAACAAACUGUGUUAACUGAAAGAAACUGAAAGAGUCUCUGACAGCUGGAGCGGGACAAGUGAACCAGUCAGUCACUGAAGGUUGCUGAAGAGUUCAGAGGUCAGAGGUCAUCAUGCAGAGUAUAAAGUGUGUGGUUGUGGGUGAUGGCGCUGUGGGGAAGACGUGCCUCCUCAUCUCCUACACCACCGGAGCUUUUCCCAAAGAGUACAUCCCCACGGUGUUUGACAACUACAGCAGCCAGGUGACGGUGGACGGCAGGACUAUCAGUCUGAACCUGUGGGACACGGCGGGUCAGGAGGAGUACGACCGGCUGAGGACGCUGUCCUACCCACAGACCAACGUCUUCAUCAUCUGCUUCUCCAUCUCAAGCCCCGCCUCCUACGAGAAUGUUAAACACAAGUGGCAUCCAGAGGUGUCUCACCAUUGUCCCGGCGUCCCCAUCCUCCUGGUCGGCACAAAGAGUGACCUCCGGAAUGACGGCGAGACUCAGAGGAAGCUGAAGGAGCAGAACCAGACCCCUGUCACCCACCAGCAGGGCGCCGCACUUGCUCGUCAGAUCCACGCCCUGCGCUACCUGGAGUGUUCAGCCCUGAACCAGGACGGCAUAAAGGACGUGUUCGCAGAGUCCGUGAGGGCCUACCUCAACCCGCAGCCCGCAGUAACCAAGAAGAUCUGCGUCCUGCUGUAGGAUCUGACCAUCAGCGCACCUUCAGCGGUGCCGAUUCUGUGGCACAACUGCCUGAGAGACUGUUUGGAAAAUCUAUGCUAAAAACAUGUUUUUUUUUUAAUGUUUGGUUAGAAUUUUAUCUUUACAGAAUUAUAAAAGGUAGUUUUGGG